AUGGAAACUGAUCGUUUGAGAAAAUCUAUCAAAAAUCAAUUUGAACAAAAAGAAAUAAAAUAAAAGGGUGAAUUCCUUUCUAUUAUAGAUUAAGAAUUGUAAUCUUUAAAAGAAAAGCUAGCUACACAAAUACUAUAAGAAAAUAAUAAUAUCAUAAAAUAUAAUAUUAAGUUACUCUAAUUGGAAAAAAAGAAUGCUGAAAAACAAGAUAUUAUGAUAGAUUAAGAAUUGCAAUUGAGAAAUUAUGCUACAUUAAAAUAGUAAUCAUUAUAGUUUGAUGUUUCAACACAAUAUAAUGAAAUUCAACAAAUUGAUAAGGAUGAUCAAAAAAAUGAGAUAAAUAUAUUAAAUGUAAAUGUUUAAAUAGAAGAGUUAAAAACUAGAAAUUUAAAGUUGUCUCUAAAGCUUUUUAAAUUACUAUUGUAUUUUGUAGACUUGGAAUUAUAUGAUAGUGAAUUUGCAAAAUAAGCAGCUCUUGAUGAUUUUCCUUGUGAUUAACUUUACAAGCCUAAAUUACCAGAGAUAUAGAACAUGAUCUUGAAUUUAGAAGUAAAUGAGAAAAAAUAUCAAUCAAUUAUUAAAUAGAAAGUAUCUUAUAUAACUAUCAUUUGGAAGACCAAUUAAAAUAAUAAAAAAUAGAAAUAGAAUAAUUAUUACAAUAAAAUAAGAAGAUGAAGAAAUAAUUAUAUGUAUAUGACUUUAGUUCAGAUGCAAAAACUGAUCAAUAAAAAAGAUCUAUCUUCACUUUGGGAGAAUAAUUAGAUGAUUAAAAAUACUUAGAAUAAUUAUUAUAACCAAAAAGGGUAUAAUCUUUAUAUUUAAAAAUAGAAUACUUAACCAAAAUGCAAAACAUUGAAUGAUAUCAUUUUAAAAAAAAGAAGAUAAAGUAUUGAUACUAGUGAACCAAGAUUAGAUUUUUAUAAAAUCAACAGAAAAUUAAUAGCAGAUAGAUUCUAAUAACAACCAAUAUAAUUUCUAAGUUACUAAUAAUGUAGAAUUCACUCAUUAUCAAUUAAACAUUGA